AUGACAGCGGUACCCAAACGACGUCUCGCUGCACUCUCGCAACAACUCGUCGAGGGUGUCCCUUCAGAAGGAACUUUCGAAAACAUCCCCCGCAUUCGUCACGUCGCAGGACCUUCGACGGGGGAAAGAGUAAAAGGGAAGGUUGUCAUUGUCACAGGAUGCAAUUCCCCAAUAGGCAUCGGUAGAGCGUCGGCUCACCAGUACGCCGCCAACGGUGCCAGGGCGGUUUACAUAUGUGACUACGCGACCGAACAUCUGGAGACACACAAGCGUGAAAUGGGCGAGUUGUACCCCGGUUGCGAAGUGCAUGCGGUGAAAAUGGACGUCGGGAACGAAGAACAGGUCAAAUCGGUGGUGGAUCAAGCCAUUCAGCGCUACGGAAGAUUAGAUGUAAUGUUCGCCAACGCCGGCGUGACCGGCGUGCCCAACACGUUCGAGCACGUCAGCGCCGACGCCUUCAUGAAUACGUUGCGCGUCAACACGGUCGGGGUUUUCCUCUGUGCCAAGUACGCGGCGAUUGCGAUGCAAAAGACCGGCGCCGAGAAAAAGUAUCCCGGCGGGAGUAUCAUUGGCACGGCGAGCGUGGCCGGGUUGAGGUCUAAUGCUGGCGGGACAGACUACUCGGCCAGUAAAGCGGCUGUGGUGUCGAUCGCCCAGACAAUGUCGUAUCAAUUGGCCGGCACGGGUGUGCGGGUCAAUGCCCUGUGUCCCGGUGUGAUUGAGACGGGCAUGACCAAGGCCAUGUAUGACCAAGCCAGAAGUAGAGGGACCGAGGGGAAGAUCGGACAGCUGAAUCCAUUGCAACGUGGUGCCGUGGCAGAUGAAGUUGCGCGCGUCGCGCUGUUCUUGGGAAGUGAUGAAGCUAGUUAUGUCAACGGCCAGGCCUGGGCAGUCUGCGGUGGUCUCAGUGCAGGACAUCCGUUUGUGCCAGGAAAGUUGGCAUAG